AUGGCUUUCUCUGGAUUCGUGAGGAAGACAGACAUCCCAUUAAAGGCUCUUACUGUCUCAUUCUUCUUCAAUGCCAGAGGAGAUCUACUUGAAAAGUCAGUCUCAGGCAUGUACCGAUCUUUACUUCUUCAGCUCCUCCAAGGGUUCCCCGAUAUCCAGAUCAUUCUAGACGACCCUGACUUAAUAGCACGGAACCAGGUUAUAUGCCCCCCACUAAACGUCCUCAAAGACCUAUUCCGUUCUGCGGUCUCGUCUCUCGGAAACCAAGCUCUUACCUGUUUCAUCGAUGCCCUAGACGAGUGCGAUGAACAACAAAUUAGAGAUAUGGUCGAGUUCUUUGAAGAAGUUGCAGAACAAUGUGUGGAAGACAAUAUGAAAUUCCAAGUGUGUUUCUCGAGCCGACACUACCCUUAUAUCGAUAUCAAGUCGGGGAUUCGAUUGACGUUAGAAGGCCAAGACGGUCACAGUGAAGAUUUGAAGCGCUAUAUCAGCAGACACUUGCGAAUCAAGGACCCUCCUCUGGUCGAGGAGUUGACAGCGAUGAUGCUUGAAAAAGCCGCCGGCGUCUUCCUCUGGGUUGCUCUGGUGGUGGACAUUUUGAACGAGGAGAAUCGCCAUGGACGCAUAGCACUUCGGACCAGGUUGCGCCAGGUGCCGAAUGAAUUGAGUGCACUUUUUCAAGAUAUUCUGACACGGGAUAAAGGCCACCUGGAAAGGCUGUUACUAUCAAUUCUUUGGAUUCUGCUUGCAGAACGACCGUUGCAGCCUGGAGAGUAUUACCAUGCUCUCUGGUCUGGAUUAUUACUGAGGCAGAAAGGAGAUCCCGAGAUGCCGCCUGUCAACAGUACAGACAUUAGCGACUGCUUUAACAAAUUCGUUAUUAGUUCUUCUAAAGGACUUGCUGAAAUCACUAAAUCCAAGAAGCCCACAGUGCAGUUCAUACACGAGUCGGUCCGUGACUUCCUCAUCAAAGAUAAGGGUCUUUACACACUAUGGCCAACUCUUGCGGCUGACUGGAAGAGCCAAGGGCACGAGGAGCUUAAGCUUUGUUGCAAUACAUACAUAUUUCACGAAACUGUACGGGAGGCACUUGACAAGCAAAAUUCCACUCAUACCCAGGACCCAGAGGAGAGCUUAUUGGAGCAAUUCCCUUUUCUGGGGUACGCCAGUCAAUGUGUUCUUCACCACGCUGACGCUGCUGCCCACGAGAUUAUUCAGCAAGAGUUUCUUAGCGAGUUCCCGUUACCGAAAUGGAUUACUAUCUUCAACGUCUUUGAGAAACACAAGAUUCGCAAGUACGAUCUCGAUGCAAAUAUCCUGUACAUCCUUGCCGAAAGGGGGUAUUCGAACCUCAUUCGAACAAAUCUCGAAAUAUCCCCAGGGAUCGAAGGAGCAGGAGGGAGAUACCCAAGUCCACUACUAGCAGCAAUGGCUAAAGGAAACAAGGGUAGCGUGGCAGCCUUGUUGGGCUUGCCAUCGAGGAUCUACAAUGGUGUCGAUAUUACGGAUAAGCUGAAGUGCAGAAGGGACUCAGUGAGAAAGGGCCAAACGCCUUUUGCUUGGGCAUGCGAGGAGGGUCAUUUGGCCAUUGCCCAGCUGCUCUUGCAGAAUGGUUCACGGGUCAUUGAGGCUGACUUAGUGAGGGUAACUGUAAAUGGACAUAGCGAGAUUGCAAAGAUGCUUCUCGGUAAGGGAGCGGAUGUGAGGGCUGUUAACAAGGACGGGACAACGGCAUUACAUGGCGCAUUAUCAAAAUGCGACUUCGAAACUGCAAAGAUUCUUCUUGAUAAAGGAGCGGAUGUUACAGCUGUUGGUAGAGGGAGGAGGACACCACUUCAUGAAGCAUCAGCCAAGGGUCACUUGGAAUUUGUGAAAAUUCUUCUUGAUAAGGGAGCGGAUGUUACAGCUGUUGACUGGCUUGGGUCCACCCCACUACAUCUUACAUCUGACUCAGAUAUUGCAAUGAUCCUUCUUGACAAGGGAGCGGAUAUCACAGUUACAGAUCACGACAGACGGACGAUACUGCACCGCGCAUCAUCAGCGGGCUCGGUAGAGCUGGUGAAAAUCCUGCUUGAGAAAGGAGCAGAUGUUAAUGCUGUAAGUAAGGACGGAAAAACGGCACUACAUCACUCAACAAGCGCGGAGGUAACCACAUUAUUGCUCGAGAAAGGAGCGGAUAUUACAGCUACCGACACUGAUGGAUGGACAUCGCUGCAUUUCGCGUCACUCAUGAAUCGGUUGGAGGUGGUAAAAGCUCUGCUUGAGAAGGGAGCAGGCAUUACAGCUAAAAAUAAUUCUGGACGAACCUCAUAUGAUAUCGCACGUUGGCGGCACCCACAAAUAGCGAUGAUUCUUUUGGAGAAGGAAAUAAAAGAUUCCUCUGUCAGAGAUGUCAAUUAG